GAAAAUUCUGAGCUGAUUCAAUAUGGCGGCGCCAUAGUGCCGUAUCAGAGCGACAACGGGACAACAAAAUAAGAGACGGUUAUAUUAUCGGGUUGUUUUUGGUUUUUGUGGGUCAGUGUAACGGUUAUACGAAUAAACCAGUAGCUCUGCUUCAGCUAGGCGUUGAAGAGGCAGCGUGUAAGUGCUGUAGACGGACUGACUUCACCACUAUAUUACAGCAGCGAUGUCAUUUGCCGAGCCGACCACAGACACCACACCCUUCUUCUCUGAUGAGGAGGAGGAGGGGACAGAUAUAAAGGGAGAGGGGCAUUCGAAUCAGCCGGAGGCAGAGAGUCCGAGUGGAGUGUCCAAUAAGAGAGCAGUGAUGACCGUGGUGGUCCUCUGCUACAUCAACUUGCUGAACUAUAUGGACAGAUUCACUGUAGCAGGUGUGCUUCCGGAUAUUGAGAAGUUCUUCAACAUCAGUGAUGGCAAAUCUGGGCUGCUCCAGACUGUCUUUAUCUGCAGCUACAUGAUUCUUGCACCAGUCUUUGGUUAUCUGGGUGACCGGUACAACAGGAAGUGGAUCAUGUGUGUGGGCAUCAGCUUCUGGUCCUUAGUGACAUUAGCCAGUUCCUAUGUCGCCAGAGAUCAUUUUUGGGCAUUGUUGCUGACGCGGGGGCUUGUGGGGGUCGGUGAGGCCAGUUACUCCACCAUCGCUCCCACCAUCAUUGCAGACCUCUUCAUCAAGGAGAAGAGAACCGCCAUGCUCUCUGUCUUCUACUUUGCCAUUCCUGUGGGCAGUGGCUUGGGCUAUAUAGUGGGAUCAGCAGUGGAUAAAAGGGCGAGAGACUGGCACUGGGCUCUGAGGGUUACACCUGCGCUGGGACUUUUAGCUGUGCUGCUGUUGAUUUGUGUGGUGAAGGAGCCCAAGCGUGGUGCUAUAGAAUCUCGACCCGAACGCACCCUGCACAGGACCAGCUGGCUUGCUGACAUGAAAGCUCUCUUCAAGAAUAAGAGUUUUGUUCUGUCGACGUUUGGUUUUACGGCAGUGGCUUUCGUCACAGGAUCACUUGCUCUUUGGGCUCCUGCCUUCCUCUUCAGAGCAGCAGUCUUCACUGGGGAGAAGCAGCCAUGCAUCCAGGAGCCCUGUGACACCUCUGACAGUCUGUAUUUUGGCAUCAUCACGUGUGUGACGGGAGUGUUGGGUGUAGGGAUGGGUGCCGCAGUCAGUCAGCAUCUGAGGAAAAGAACACCACGUGCAGAUCCACUGGUGUGUGCUGCUGGCCUCCUCCUCGCUGCUCCCUUCCUUUAUCUGUCAAUCGUCUUUGCCCAGGGCAGCACCAUAGCUACCUAUGUCUUCAUCUUUUUUGGUGAGAUGUUCUUGUCUAUGAACUGGGCCAUUGUGGCUGACAUCCUUCUGUAUGUUGUCGUCCCCACGCGGCGCUCUACCGCAGAGGCAUUCCAGAUUGUCCUCUCUCACCUGCUGGGAGAUGCUGGGAGUCCCUACCUCAUAGGAGUGGUGUCCGACUCACUGAAACAGGCGGACUCUUACAUGUGGCAGUUCCGCUCCUUGCAGAUCUCCCUCCUGCUCUGUUCUUUUGUUGCCGUCGUGGGCGGAGGUUUUUUCCUCACUACAGCCAUUUUUAUUGAAAAAGACAGACACCUUGCAGAGAACUAUGUUCCCUCAGAUGAUUCACCGAUUAUUGUCCCUAAGAGAGGAAGAUCCACCAAGGUGCCAGUGUCGAGUGUUUUAAUUUGAGCGAAAAAAGGACAUGGAAGAAUCUGGAGAUGUUCAUCAUACUGAAGGAAGUAGAUGGAUGUGCCUGAUCUUAGCACCGCUACUGGACUAGUAUGGGUUGAAUAGAGUCACUGAUUGAAAUUUCACCCCUUCAGGGAUUUUUAGGAUAAUAUAUUAUGUGUUAUGGUUAUAUUAUUAACACCUUUAUCAUUUUGGGGAACAUGGCUAACAGUCAGAAAUUGUGACAUGGCACUUCUGGAGGACUUGUUUUCUUGGAGCAUUUAGCAUUCCAGCAUUUAAAGAAGAGCUGCGUCUCUUACUGAGGAAACCUGAAUGCUGUGGAAUUAUGGGAAAUAGUCUGGAAGAACACAUGAUCUAGGAAGAAGUUAAAAAGCACAAACUGUGUUUUAAACCUCAAGCCAAAAGGAGGAGAUUUUAACCUUUUGUUGUUGUUUUUUUUUUAACCAACUUUAUUUCCGUUUGUUUUAAUUAAUCUGAUGUACAGACUAAUGUAACUUAACAGAAAUUAUUUUCCUGUGCAUUCUGUAAUCACACUAUAUAAUCUCAAUGACUUGACUAUGCAUUGACCUGUAAUGUUACGUUACCUCAAUCACAUUUAUACAUGCUGUAAUAUUUCAAUACGUCACACAUACUAAUUCAGAUCUAGGUCAUUUUCUUUGUUUUUGUUUAGGUUGAACUCCAAAAAAAAGUCAUUCCUUUUUCUUUCUUUUUUUUUUUAUUUUAAUAAAUUUUUUUAAGAACACUAAUGGGGUAUGUAAGAAGCGUUUUACUGUUUUGGAGGAGCUGUAAUUUUGGAAUGACGAAGGUUGGCAAAGCAUGUUUCUUUUUUUUUAACCAUUAAAUUAUGCUUCAGCUCA